UGCCAUCUAUGUGGGAAAACCUUCAGCCGAUAUUCUAAUGUUAGACAACAUGAGAGAACACACACUGGAGAGAAACCCUAUGAAUGCCAUCUUUGUGGGAAAACCUUCAGCCAGUAUUCUCACCUUAAACGACAUGAGAGAACACACACUGGAGAGAAGCCUUAUGAAUGCCAUAUAUGUGGGAAAGGCUUCAGCCAAUCUUUUUACCUUAGACAUCAUCAGAGAACACACACUGGAGAAGAAUGCCCUGAAUGUUAUCUAUGUGGAGAAACCUUCAGUCAUUAUUCUCAUCUUAGCCAACAUGAGAGAACACACACAGGAGAAAAACUGUAUAAGUGCCAUAUAUGCAGAAAAGCCUUCAAUGGUUGUACUGCCCUUAAACAACAUGAGAGAACUCACACUGGAGAGAAACCCCAUGAAUGCCAUAGAUGUGGGAAAUCCUUUAUUGAUAUAUGUGCCCUGAGACAAUAUGAGAGAACUCACACUGGAGAAAAACCCUAUGAAUGUAAUCUCUGUGGGAAAGCCUUCACUCGACCUUCUAAUCUUAAACAACAUGAGAGAACUCAAACUGGAGAGAAACCCUAUGGAUGUAAUCUGUGUGGGAAAGCCUUCAAAAGCAGUAUGCUGAAUUGA